GGUUCGAAUCUUUCAUCAUCUACACCAUUUUCCUUUAAGAAUCUUUCAACUUUUUUCCUCCCUCUUGGUUCAUUUUCCCCCACUUUUACUAAAAAUCUUUCUGAAAAUUGUUAUGUAAUAUUUUUCCUUCUCUUGCAAUUGUUGAAGAAAUCAAUCCAUCUUUUCACUUCACCUGCCCACUUUCCCACUUUCGCUUUUUAUCUUCUUCCCCUUCGCUCUUCUUUAAUCUUUCCCCCUUUUUCCUCUUGUAAUAAUAAGCAUAUGCGCCAUUCUAGGAAGAAAUUAUACAUUAUUUCAUGGUUUUUUUAUGCCUUUUUCUUCCUUUACGCUUUCUUCUCUUAGAACCCUUUUGGGGUUUAUUGUCGUUGGGCUGAGUUUUAGGGGCCCCCACGUUCUGUAUGUCUUCUAAGCAUUGAAAUCUUUGAUUUUCCCCAACUGGGUUUGAUGUUUCUUCGUCAUUCCCUAUCGGGUUUGGAUUACAAUACGCUUCUUUGACUUUGAAUUUCUUAGAAAUCAACUUCUCAACCGAUUUUUGCGUGUCUGCUUUGCCGUAUUUCUAUUUGCUGAUGUAUGAAUGUGAGAAAUAGCCUUGGAACUUUUCUCUCUUUGUAUUCUCAAUUGUUUUUACGCUCUUGGCUGCUUUUCUUUUUCAAAAUUACUUGAAUUAAACAAUUAUAUCGCUCUCUUUUUUCAUACCUGAAUAGAUUAUUCGCUCACAAAGAGUAGGAGAAAAGGGGAGGGGGUGAAAACGAAUGAAAGUUUGGCUUCUGUGAUUACGGCGUAAUUCUGGCUUUCUUUUAGCGAAUUGGGAUCUUUUCCUUAUCUGGGUCUCUGCUACUUCCACCAUUUGUGCACCUUCUUGAUUGAUUUCUGGAGAUAAGACUAAACACCAUGGGUUGGCUAAGCAAAAUUUUAAAAGUUGGAUCUGGCCAUAGAAUAACUGAAAAGAAUUACCAAACAAACUAUGAGGAGGAUCCAAAUUCUCAUCUGCCCUCGACUUCAGAGGGUUUAUGGUCGGAGAAUGAGAAUGAAGACAUUGAUCGUGCAAUAGCAAUUUCUCUUGUAGAAGAAAGUCAGAAGGCAAAUAGUGUGAUUGAUCGUGAUUAUCAAUUGGAAGAAGAUGAACUUCUUGCCAAAGCAGUACAAGAAAGCCUCAAUUUGGAGUCCCCUCCACAAUAUACAAGCGGAAACAUGUAUCAACCUUAUCUACCUCAAUAUCAAUUUGGUUCCAGGAUAUGUGCUGGCUGCUAUAAUGAGAUUGGCUAUGGACGUUACUUGAACUGCCUCAAUGCAUUUUGGCAUCCAGAAUGUUUCCGAUGUCGCGCUUGCAACCUCCCAAUUUCAGACUAUGAGUUUUCUACUUCUGGGAAUUUUCCAUACCAUAAAUCUUGCUACAAGGAGAAUUAUCACCCAAAAUGUGAUGUUUGCAAGCAUUUUAUUCCAACAAAUCCUGCUGGUCUUAUUGAAUAUAGGGCACACCCUUUCUGGAUCCAGAAAUACUGUCCGUCUCAUGAAUAUGAUGGCACUCCUCGAUGUUGCAGUUGCGAACGAAUGGAGCCCCAAGAGGUCAAGUAUAUCCCCCUUCAUGAUGGUCGAAAGCUUUGCCUCGAGUGUCUCGACUCUACAAUCAUGGACACGAAAGAAUGCCAACCUCUUUAUCGCGACAUACAGGAAUUUUAUGAUGGUUUGAAUAUGAAAGUAGAGCAGGACGUUCCAUUGCUUUUGGUCGAAAGGCAAGCACUAAACGAAGCAAGAGAGGGAGAAAAACAUGGCCACUAUCAUAUCCCCGAGACAAGAGGACUGUGUCUUUCGGAGGAACAAACCAUUAGCACCGUUUUAAGGCGGCCUAGAUAUGAAAGGGGAAAUCGAGUAUCGGGCACGAUGUCGGAGCCCUACAAAUUAACACGUCAUUGUGAGGUCACUGCAAUUCUCAUUCUGUUUGGUCUUCCUAGGUUGCUUACUGGGUCGAUUUUGGCUCAUGAGAUGAUGCAUGCAUGGUUGCGUCUUAAAGGUUUUCGAACUCUCAGUCAAGACGUUGAAGAAGGCAUCUGUCAAGUUCUAGCACACAUGUGGUUGAGUACCGAGCUCAUGUCUUGCCAAGAUUACAACGAUGUCGCCUCGACCUCAUACUCCGCUGGUCCCACAUCAUCAUCAAGAAGAAAAACCAUGUCUAAAUUUGAAAGAAAACUUGGGGAGUUCUUUAAACACCAGAUAGAGUCGGACAUGUCUCCAGUGUAUGGAGAUGGAUUCAGAGCUGGGCAGAUGGCUGUGCAUAAAUACGGUCUUCGGAGUACCCUUGAUCAUAUUCAAAUGACUGGGACCUUUCCUUAUUGAAACUGGAGAUCUUGUACCCUUAAAUCGAUAGCAAUUCUUUUAAUUUCUUAAUUCAGUUCUUUUCUUGGCCUUCCAUAUUUACAGCUAAGGCCAAAUUUCAUAGAAGGAUCCCCUUUGUGUAGAUUAAGUUAAUUAGAUUCAUUU